AUGACAUAUCCAACUUCCAAAAUUUGGUUCAUCACAGGUGCAUCUUCUGGCCUCGGUCUUGAGCUUUCACUCGCUGCACUCGCCGCUGGUCAUCGUGUCAUCGGCACCACUCGCAAUGUCCAGAAAGCCACUGCAUCACACCCACAAUUCGAGAAACUAGGUGGCAGAUGGCUUGAAGUUGACCUAUCACAGCCGGCAUCUCAAUCGGUUAUCGAAGAGGCUCUUGCAGCAGAAGAGAGUCGCUUGGCCCAGGCCAGUCUUCAUUGGGUCAUUGUCAACAACGCCGGCAGCACACUUAUUGGCGUGGCAGAGGAUGUUAGCGAGGUUCAGUUCUCGCAGUAUCUGCAAGCCAACGUGUACGGAUGUGUUCGUGUAUGGAAAGCUGCUUUGCCCACACUUCGUCGACGACGCCAAGGUACACUCAUUACGACCUCAUCAAUCUGGGGUUUCGUGCCUAAGCCAGAGCAUAUGCUUUACAGCGCAGCAAAGGCAAUUAUGGAAUCUCUGACUGAGUCAUAUGCCGCGUCAUUGGCUCCUCUCAGUAUCCAAACAUUGAUCAUCGAGCCAGCCGGUUUCAGAACGCCCUUUGCUGCGAAUCACCAGAUCAGUGAUCAGGGUAUCUCGAAGGACUAUGAAGGGCCUGUUAAAGCGUGGAAAGAAGUUGCUGAAGAAGCAGGCAAGAACCCAAACAUAGUUGAUGGUGAUCCUCGAAAGUUCGGCAAAGCGGUCGUUGAUGCCGUUGAGGCACAGGGACUUUUCCAAGAGGUGUUGAAAAACCAUGACACUACUCAAGUUUUGCGGAUACAUUUCGGGUCAGACUGCUACAGCCUGUUUGGGCAGAGGUUGAUGAAGUUACACCAAGGAUACGAGAGAAUGGCUGUGGUUGCCAAGUCGACAGAUUGCAAAUUUCCAUUAUUAUCUUUAGCCUAA